CUAAAGAUGACAGCAAAACAACCCGAGCGGUGGGAGUGAACUUGUAGACAGCCGUCAUUUUUGUAGAAACAUUACAAACAAAAUAUCUCUUUGUGUGGAAUUUGGGAAGAGCCGGAAGCUGGCUGCAGUCCUCCUAGCUGUUCGGUAGAUGUCCAUACCGUCAGACACAUCAGGUGGUAUGUCCCAUCCUGGCCCUUCACCUGGGGCUGGUCUGUCCCCAGGGCCCAUCCUGGGCCCCAGUCCUGGACCGGACCCUUCACCAAGUUCUGUCCACAGCAUGAUGGGGCCAAGUCCUGGACCUGGAACACCUAAUGCUCCUCACGGCAUGCAGGGCCAAGGACAAAGUGACUACUCUCAGGACAGCAUGUAUCCUAUGCACAAGCCUGUGGAGGGGACGCUGAACGAUAAGACCAUGGCAGAGGCCAUGCAUUUCAGUCACAUGAAGGGUGUCGGGAUGAGAUCACUCCACAGUGGCAUGGGACCUCCUCAGAGUCCUCUGGACCAGCACAGUCAAGGAUACAUGUCUCCACAUCCGUCCCCCAUGGGACUUCAUGAACACGCUUCUAGUCCCAUGUCCGGAGGUGGAGGUGGACCUACACCCCCACACAUUCCUCCAUCACAGUCAGGUCCGAUGAUGUCUCUGGAUCCUCAGGGAGGCAUGUCCAACAUGUCUGGUAUGGGACAGCAGGGCCGAGGGCCCUCUGCCUUCAGCCCGGUCCAGCUGCAGCAGCUCAGAGCUCAGAUUCUGGCCUACAAGAUUCUGGCCCGCGAGCAACCGCUGCCCGAAAACCUCCAACUAGCUGUUCAGGGCAAAAGGAGCCUACCCACAAUGCAACAGCAACAACAACAGCAGCAGCAGCAGCAACAACAACAACAACAACAACAGCAACAACAACAACAGCAACAACAACAACAGCAUCAAGCAUCUGGUUCCAGUCCGUACAGGCCUUCAGGUAUGCCAAUGGCAUCGUUGUGUGGUCCCCAGUCUAGUCCCUCUCCAGCACCAGUCAUGCCAGUACACAAUCAGAGCACAGGACCCAAACCCUGGACCGAUGGUCAGAGUGGAGACAAUCAAGCUGCUGCUCAGAAGCACCUCACCUCUGUUCCCAGUGGCCGCCCCUCCCCUGCACCUCCUCAGACCACUGCCGGACCUCCUGGGCCCAUGCCUGGAGGUUCUGCAGCCCCUCUUCCUCAGGGCCAGCAGGUGUCCCCAAUGCUCCAGAUGCAGCAGAAGCAAAACCGGAUCACACCAAUCCAGAAGCCUCAGGGUCUGGACCCAGUGGGAAUCUUACAGGAGAGAGAGUACAGACUGCAGGCUCGAGUCGCACAUCGAAUCCAGGAGCUGGAGACUCUGCCGGGCUCUUUGCCUCCGGACUUGAGGACUAAAGCUACAGUUGAGCUGAAGGCUCUACGGCUGCUCAACUUCCAGCGGCAGCUGAGGCAGGACGUGGUGGCCUGUAUGAGACGGGACACCACCCUGGAGACGGCGCUGAACUCCAAGGCCUACCGGCGCAGCAAGAGACAAACUCUGAGGGAGGCUCGCAUGACGGAGAAGCUGGAGAAGCAGCAGAAACUGGAGCAGGAGAAGAAACGCAGACAGAAACAUCAGGAAUAUCUGAACAGCAUUCUUCAGCAUGCUAAAGACUUCAAGGAGUACCACCGCUCAGUGUCCGGUAAAAUCCAGAAAAUCACCAGAGCUGUUGCUAACUGGCACACCAACACUGAGCGAGAGCAGAAGAAGGAGACGGAGAGGAUUGAAAAGGAGAGGAUGAGGAGGCUCAUGGCAGAAGAUGAAGAAGGCUACAGGAAACUCAUUGACCAGAAAAAGGACAAGCGUCUGGCCUAUUUACUGCAACAAACUGAUGAAUACGUGGCCAACCUCACCUCUCUGGUGUACGAACACAAAGCUGCUCAGGCUGCCAAGGACAAGAAGAAGAGGAAGAAGAGAAAGAAGAAGGUGGAUGGAGACGGUGAAGGUACCAGUGCCAUUGGACCUGAUGGAGAGCCCAUGGAUGAAAGCAGCCAAAUGAGUGAGCUGCCUGUCAAAGUGAUUCAGACGGAGACAGGAAAGGUCCUGCAGGGGACAGAUGCUCCCAAGUCCAGUCAGCUGGAGGCCUGGCUGGAGAUGAAUCCAGGAUAUGAGGUGGCUCCACGCUCAGACAGUGAGGAGAGUGGCUCAGAGUUUGAGGAGGAGGAGGAAGACGAGGUGGCCAAGACAGAAACAGAGGAGAAGAAGAAAAUGGAUCCCAGUGCAGAUGAAGGGACUGUUGGGACGGAUGCCAAACAUGUUAUUGAGUCAGCCAAACAAGAUGUGGACGAUGAAUACAGCGUUCCCACGGGUCAGACCUGCUCUCAGUCAUAUUAUGGGGUGGCCCACGCUGUCAUCGAGAGGGUGGACAAGCAGUCGAGUCUCCUGAUCAACGGCAUGCUCAAACAGUAUCAGAUCCAGGGUCUGGAAUGGAUGGUCUCCUUGUACAACAACAACCUGAACGGCAUCCUGGCUGAUGAGAUGGGGCUCGGUAAAACCAUCCAAACCAUCGCUCUCAUCACCUACCUGAUGGAACACAAGAGGCUCAAUGGCCCUUACCUSAUCAUCGUCCCUCUUUCGACUUUGUCUAACUGGGUCUAUGAACUGGAUAAAUGGGCACCAUCUGUUGUCAAAAUAGCUUACAAGGUGGAUCUCAAUGAGGAGGAAACCAUUCUGAUCAUUCGGCGUCUGCACAAGGUGCUCCGCCCCUUUUUGCUUCGUAGACUGAAGAAAGAAGUGGAGUCUCAGCUGCCAGAGAAAGUGGAAUACGUCAUAAAAUGUGACAUGUCUGCAAUCCAGAAGGUUCUGUAUCGUCACAUGCAGAAAGGAAUCCUCCUAACGGACGGUUCAGAGAAAGAUAAGAAGGGUAAAGGAGGUGCCAAGACUCUGAUGAACACCAUCAUGCAGCUGAAGAAGAUCUGCAACCAUCCAUACAUGUUCCAGCACAUCGAGGAAUCUUUUGCUGAACAUUUGGGUUAUCCUAAUGGCAUCAUCAGUGGACCUGAUCUGUACAGAGCUUCUGGCAAGUUUGAGCUCCUUGAUCGCAUCUUACCCAAGCUUCAGGCCACCGGACACAGAGUCCUGCUCUUCUGCCAGAUGACCUCACUCAUGACCAUCAUGGAGGAUUACUUCGGCUAUCGCAACUUUCAGUAUUUACGCCUCGAUGGAACCACCAAGUCUGAGGACCGAGCAGCGCUGCUGAAGAAGUUUAAUGAGGAAGGAUCUCAGUACUUCAUCUUCCUCCUCAGUACGAGGGCCGGAGGACUGGGUCUGAACCUGCAGGCUGCUGACACCGUCGUCAUCUUCGACAGUGACUGGAACCCACACCAGGACCUGCAGGCCCAGGACCGGGCUCACCGCAUCGGCCAACAGAACGAGGUCCGUGUGCUCCGUCUCUGCUCUGUCAACAGUGUGGAGGAGAAGAUCUUAGCAGCUGCCAAAUACAAACUGAACGUGGAUCAGAAGGUCAUCCAGGCCGGAAUGUUUGACCAGAAGUCCUCCAGCCACGAGCGCAGAGCUUUUCUUCAAGCUAUUUUAGAGCAUGAGGAGCAGAACGAGCGCAUCGACAUGGACCGGCGCCGAGAGGACGCCCGGAACCCGAAGCGUAAGCCUCGCCUGAUGGAGGAGGACGAGCUUCCAUCGUGGAUCAUCAAAGACGACGCUGAGGUGGAGAGGCUCACCUACGAGGAGGAAGAGGAGAAGAUGUUCGGCCGAGGCUCACGCUGUCGUCGGGACGUAGACUACAGCGACACGCUGACCGAAAAACAGUGGCUUCGGGCCAUCGAGGAUGGAAACCUGGAGGAGAUGGAGGAGGAGAUCCGCCUGAAAAAACGCAAACGUAAGCGGCGUGUGGGCAAAGACUCGUCGAGUCGAGACGACGCAGGCUUGAAGGCCAAGAAGAGACGUGGACGUCCUCCAGCGGAGAAGCUGUCCCCCAACCCCCCCAAGCUCACCAAGCAGAUGAACACCAUCAUCGACACCGUGAUCAAUUACAGAGACGGGUCAGGAAGACAACUCAGUGAAGUUUUUGUUCAGCUUCCAUCCAGGAAGGAACUGCCAGAAUAUUACGAGCUGAUCAGGAAACCUGUGGACUUCAAGAAGAUCAAGGAACGUGUCAGGAACCAUAAAUACAGGAGUUUAGGAGACCUGGAGAAAGAUGUCAUGCUGCUCUGUCAGAACGCUCAGACCUUCAACCUGGAAGGAUCCCAGUGAAGUCGGUGCGGGUGAAGAUCAAGCUGGGCCGGGACGGCCGAGGCCACGAUAAGGGCAAGAAGAGGCCGAGCCGCGGGAAGGCCAAGCCUGUGGUCAGUGACGACGACAGUGAUGAGGACCAGGAUGAGAAUGAUCAGUCGGACAGAAGUAAAAGUGACGAGGACUGAAGAGGACAGUGGAGCGUUGAGACAAAAGGACGAUAUCUUCCUUGUGUUUGUGUUUUAGUGUCCCUGCUCAGCCUGGCUUUAAACUCUUAUUAAUCACCAGUAAGAACCAGCAAAACCAGUCAGCUCCUGCUUUUAACWCGCUUUUCUACCAUGUUUAUAGAAGCUGUGCUGGAAACACAAUGCCUGUUAAAACACACAUGGGUUGUUCCAAAGUUAGCUCAUCGUUUCAAAAUAAAACCACAUGUUGGAGAAACAAACAGAUGUUUUAGGUUCUGGAUUCAGUCCCAUGAUGCAUCAGGUCAAAUUAAAUCCAGCUCUUUUAUCACUUUAUUUUCUAUUUGUGAAGGAGUUCUGAGCAGGUGAAGGCCUUCAGAGAACCUCCUGAUUAUAAUAAUCCAACUGCAGCUGUGUAACAUCUGGAGCUUCAGUCCAGCUGUGUAACAUCUGGAGCUUCAGUCCAGCUGUGUAACAUCUGGAGCUUCAGUCCAGCUGUGUAACAUCUGGAGCUGCUGCAGUGUUUCCACCUGUUCACCAACAGCAGCAGCUUCAGUUCACCUGAAAGAACCAGGUUCAGUGUUUUAAUGACCCUCAGCUGAUUAAUGAUCAGUUAUUGUUGCUUUUUAAAUGACUUAUUAACUUCAUGUAACAUUUUAAAAACAACUCUGUUUUAUGUUCUUUAUGUUUUAAAACUUUGUGACCUGGAGCUUUGUUCUAGUUUCUUCUGAUGGAAACAUCUGGAUGUAUGGAAGAAACCAGCAGCAGGAAGUGUAUCAUCAUCAUCAUCAUCAUCAUCAUCAUCAUCAUCAUCAUCAUCAUCUGCUGGUUCCCAGUCUGCAGCAGGACUGGUUUCCAUUGGACUGUUGGGAUGAAUUCUUCCUUUAGUUUAAAUGUUUUUUAGUUUUCUUGUUUCUGUGCUUCAGCAUGACUUCCUGACACACAGCUGUGCAGCAGGUGUUGUGUCAGUGCACACAGACAGCUGUGUGUUCAGUUUUCUUUGCACAGUGUGUGUUUGUGUUUGUGUUUGUGUUUGUGUUUGUGUUUGUGUUUGUGUGUCUGAGCCUGAGGAAAUAAACAUCACAGAUUUAAGUACA